AUGCGUGGCUGCACGUGCCAUUUUGUCGUGAAGCGGCUCUAUGCCCGCCCGUCCCUUGCCCUCCUCAUAUACAACGAGAGGCGCCACGUCAACAAAGCAGGUUUCAUUUGCCACGGGCCCCUUGACAGGGACGCUAUAGGGCCAGGGGCCAAGAAGGUUCCGAAUCCAAUGGCCGAAAGCCUCGCCACUCGGUACGUGCAGAAAUUGGGCACAAUCAUAAAACACUCGACUCAUGAGCUGGAUCUUGACGACCAGGCCAGCAUCCGGCUAUGGGUCGAACAGAACAAAAAGUCUGUUUUCUUCUAUCGGGACUCAACUGAAAACGAGCCUUUUGUUUUGGGGAUACAGACGGAGUGGCAGUUGCACCAGAUGGUCCGUUUUGGCCACCGGAAUAUGAUAGCAGCUGAUUCGACAUUGGGUAUUAAGCGACUGAAGUAUCCGUUGUGCACGCUUCUUGUGUUCGACUCGAGGCAGCAUGCACUCCCUGUUGCCUGGAUCAUUACUCGUAGUGUUGCAAAGGCAGAUGUAGUCAGCUGGAUGACAGCUCUUCUUGAACGAGUUUGCUCGGUUGACUCCGGGUGGAAAGUCAAUGGGUUUUUAAUCGACGAUGCUGCCAUUGAGAUUGACCCAAUAAGGGAGAUAUUUUCCUGCCCUGUGCUGUUCUCCCUCUGGCGUGUCCGAAGGUCAUGGCUGAGGCACAUUGUUAAGAAAUGUACUAACAUCGAAGUUCAAAGGGAGAUGUUUAAACGUUUGGGUCAAAUCGUGUAUGGCAUUUGGGGUGGAAUGGAUAUUGCACUCGCUCUAGACGAGUUCUCGCUUGAUUUUGUAGAUCAGAUUUCCUUUAUGCAAUAUUUUAAAGAUGCUUGGUUGCCAAAGCUAGAGAUGUGGCUAACUUCAAUGAAGACCCUCCCGCUUGCCAGCCUGGAAGCAUCUGGCGCGAUCGAAGCCUAUCACGUGAAGCUGAAAGCUAAGUUAUACGAUGAAGAUGACACACAGCUUGAUUCUCUCCAGCGGGUCGACUGGUUGGUCCACAAACUGACGACCGAGCUCCACUCGAGCUACUGGCUUGACCGCUAUGCAGAUGAAAGCGACUCAUUCCUGCACGCGAAGGAAGAAUAUGUCGGCUCUACGUCUUGGCAUCGGGCCCUUCAAAUCCCAGAUGGCAGCGUCUCAUUGGACGAUAAAGACCGACUUUUCGCUAAAGUUGUCAGCCAGAAAGACAGCAGCUUGGCGCGUGUGGUUUGGAAUCCUGGUUCGGAAUUUGCCCACUGUGACUGUGAGUGGUCAAUGAAAGGAAACCUGUGCAAGCAUAUGAUUAAGGUCAACAUGGUGUGUGAAAAUCUGCAGUGCUAUGGGCCCAUGAUGUCUUAUCGGUCCUUUAUGAAUAUUUUGAUGGAUCUCUGGAGGAAACCGAUGGAUGAUUCGGUUGAGUUGGACAUUUCAGCUGCCUGGACGUGCCGAAUGCUCGGGCAGAUUGGGAAUUUUGUGCGUCUGAAUGAUUCGGAUGAUAUUGGACUCGUUGUGAAUGACAUGCCGUUGAAAUGGGCUGAUAAGAAGUCCAGGAUGUCAUCUUUCAGCAGGGGUUUGUCGAGCCUUGCCCAUCCCUCGGAGAAAAGACCGGAGAAAUUUGCUGCACGCAGAAGGAGUAGGAAGAGGAAGAGAAUUUCUCGACUCUGA